CCGGACCAUGUUUUAACCAUUAUACUUUCCCGCUCUCCUUGUGAGGAAAAACUUCAGUCCAAACAGAAAUGUCACUUCUCUUAUCCUUUCACCAUUUUCCUCUCUCCUCCAAAACCUCAUUUCAGCACCACCAUCACCACCGUAGCAAACACCUUUACUCUCUUCACUUUCCAAACAAACACCGCCUUAUAAAACCCCCAAGAAGAACCCUAAAUUCCCAGCUCCGACCCACUUCCGGCGACAAAUUAAAUACCCUCCCAAAAUCCGCAAUCCAACGAAUUGCAGAGAAAUUACGAACCCUAGGCUUCGAGGAAGAAAGAAACAAAGAUACCCAUUUCCCACAAGACGAUAAUGACUCAGAAAUUGGGAAAAUUUUCAUCCCUAAUUCCCGCCAAAUCCCUAAUUUUCGGGUCGGGCAUACUCUUGACUCGAGUUGGUCAUCACCCCAAAGUCCAGUUCCGGACCCGGGUUCGGGGAAUACCAUUGUUAAGAUAAAUGGAUUGAGUAGGGUGGCUAAGAGGGAGAGGGAAGAGGAGAGAGAAAAGGUUGAGGGAGAGAAAGAACCGACCUUGGCGGAGCUGACAUUGUCGAGUACGGAGCUCCGGAGGUUGAGGACGGUAGGGAUUCGGAUGAAGCAGAAGAUGAAGCUAGGGAAGGCAGGGAUCACAGAGGGGGUAUUGAAUGGUAUUCAUGAGAGGUGGAGGAGUAAUGAGGUGGUUAAGAUUGUUUGUGAGGAUAUUUGUAGGCUUAACAUGAAGAGGACCCAUGAUUUGUUGGAGAAGAAAACUGGAGGUAUGGUUGUCUGGAGGACUGGAAGCAAAAUUGUUCUGUACAGAGGGGUCAAUUACAAGUAUCCAUACUUCUCACUGGAUGAAGCGGCUUGCAAAAAUUGUUAUGAGAAUGCAAUAGAAGCGGAUGAUGGGAUAGAAGCCAGAGAAGAAGAGCUGUCAGCUGAGAUGUCUGUCGACGAAUCUGCUGUACAAAGUUCGACUAGAAUUCUGGGUCAGUCUUCCUUGGUACCAGGUGUUGGCAGUCCAGAUAGAGUGCGAUUCCUGUUGCCUGGUGAAAGCCAACUCGUGGAGGAAGCUGACAGUUUGCUGGAUGGAUUGGGUCCUCGAUUUACUGAUUGGUGGGGUUAUGAGCCGUUACCUAUUGAUGCAGACCUUCUACCAGCUGUUGUUCCUGGGUAUAGAAGACCCUUUCGCCUUCUUCCAUACGGGGUAAAGCCUCAACUAACUAACGAUGAAAUGACAGUACUGAAGAGACUUGGGCGACCGCUUCCUUGCCAUUUUGCUUUGGGGAGAAACAGGAACCUUCAGGGAUUAGCUGCUGCAAUUCUUAAACUGUGGGAGAAAUGUGAGAUUGCCAAGGUUGCUGUCAAAAGAGGUGUUCAGAACACUAACAGUGAUCUUAUGGCUGAAGAAUUAAAGCGCUUGACUGGCGGUGUCCUGUUGUCCCGAGAUAGGGAGUACAUAGUGUUUUAUCGGGGGAAAGAUUUCCUUCCAUCAGCAGUUUCUUCAGCAAUUGAACAUAGGCGAAGAAACAGAGUACAUGGAAACGGGCAGGUGGCUAAUGAUUCUUUAACAAAAAGUACUGAGAACAUUAAAUUGGAUACUGAAGGGCAUGAAGCUGCGCCUGCAAGUGACACAAGCGAGGACCAAAAAAUUAGAAUGGCAUCUCAAGAGCGGAAAAAAAUGUCCAUUCAAACAACUAUUUCAAGAACUAGCAGGAAGCUGUCUACGGCUCUAGAAGAGAGAGCUAAGGCAGAGAAGCUUCUUUCAGAGCUGGAACAGGCUGAGAUUUCCCAACAAGCAGAGGUGGAUAAAGAGGGAAUCACGGAAGAAGAGAGAUAUAUGCUUAGGAGAGUGGGCUUGAGAAUGGAUCCUUUUCUGUUGCUGGGUAGACGUGGUGUUUUUGAUGGCACAAUUGAGAACAUGCAUCUGCACUGGAAGUACAGGGAACUUGUUAAGAUAAUAUGUGGAGGAAGGGACAUUGACGAGAUCAACAACAUAGCACGUAUACUAGAGGCAGAAAGUGGUGGAGUAUUAGUGGCUGUUGAAAGAGUCAGGAAAGGUCAUGCAAUCAUUGUAUACCGUGGGAAGAACUACCAGCGCCCAGCCAGUUUGAGACCCCAGACACUUCUAAACAAGAAAGAGGCAUUGAAACGCUCAAUAGAAGCCCAACGCCGUGAGUCCUUGAAACUCAGCGUGUUGAAGCUAGCAAAAAACAUAGACAAAUUGAAACUCAAGUUGGUAGAAGAUAAGGAGACUUUGGAUUACCAAGCAGGUGAACAGGAUAUGUCUCAGUUGGAACCGGGGGAGAAUGAGCUAAAUUCUACCACUUCAGUUCAUAACAAGGAAUCUCAAGAGGAUAGUCCUUCUAUUCACAAGGAGAAGCUGGUUAUUAUCCCCUCCUUAUACAAUAAAACGGAUGAAGGUGCAAAUGAAUCUUCUGUUGAAUCACUUUGUCCAAAAUCCAAUUCGAACUCUGUGAAGAAGGAACAGGCCAAUGCAGAAGUUUCUCUGUGUGAUGAUGAUCUAGAGGCAAAUUGUUCAGAGAGACUGCAGGUCGCAUCGAACAAUUCUGGCAAUGCUUCAUGCAAAGAAUCGUUGUUUCAUCCAACUGGCAAUGAGUCUGAACCAAUUAUUACAUCAAUGUCAGAAGACAAUUUUGAGCAUGGUAUUGUUAGCAAUGAGACAAGAGAUUCAUAUAAAAAUUCAGAUAACAAAGUGGCUAUUCCUCUGCCACUUCACAAGGCAGCAGGGAGAAACUCCCAUGCAGUACCAGCUAAAGCUAGACCACUUACAAAUAAAGAGAGGCUUCUUUUGAGGAAACAAGCCCUCAAGAUGAGGAAGCGUCCUGUUCUAGCUGUUGGCAGGAGCAAUGUUGUCACUGGUGUUGCGAAAGCAAUCAAGGACCAUUUUAAGAAAUAUCCUCUAGCUAUUGUCAAUGUGAAGGGGAGAGCUAAAGGGACCUCUGUUCAGGAGGUGGUUUUAAAAUUGGAGGAAGAAACAGGCGGAGUUUUGGUAUCCCAGGAGCCAAGCAAAGUCAUACUUUACAGAGGUUGGGGUGGUGGAGUGGAAACUGGCCAUGCUUCUAAUAAGGAGAAUCAUGAUAAACGAGCUGGUGUACCUUCAUUAGCUGCUGUCUCUCCAGAGCUGUUGGCAGCAAUGAGGCUUGAAUGUGGAUUGUCAAGCAGCUAAACAGAGGAGACAGAGCUUUAGCCUAGGUUUGGUACUUUGGUGUGAUUGUGGUGGCUUAAUCUGGAUUAGCUAUUGUCAAUUACACCAUAUUUUGUACUCUUUUGAAGUGCCUCCUAGACAUCAUUGGUCAAGAAAUUUCUUGCAAGAUUUUGGAGAAAGCAAGGAUUUCUUAUCUAUUCCAUAUGAGGGUUUUAGCUUGACCUGAUAUGUAGAAAUCUUUGGUGUUUCAGCAUCCUUUCGCAGCAUGGACAAACAAGCUACCAGGGUCCGACAAGGUGAUAACCUCAACCACAUUGGAGAGCAAGUUGUUUUCGAACAGAAAAGUGUCAACAAGUUGGAUUCCAGGGAAGGGUUUUAAAAGCAUCAAAGGACACAGCAGGAGUUUUCCUAAUAUUGGCCUGAAAAUGGAGUAGUGCUUGAGGAAAGGCCAAUAUAUCCCCUUCCUAAGUUUGCAGUGUUAUUUGUAUCAGUAAAACUGACAAUUAUCUUUCCUUUGAUCAAGAUGAGAAGUUGUGACACCCCAUAUGUAUGGAUUAGUACUACACCACCACCUACGUCUAAUAUGGCCAUAGAAACCCUUAAACCAUUAAACCUGGGAAUCGAGGGGAAAUGCUGAAGUUACUUCUCGAUUGAAGACAUUGCCUGGAAUGCCCAAACCAGAGAAAACAAAGUCAUCCACUGUGACGGGCAGGACUUUUACAAGUUUACCCCUGCUGGACUACUAGAGAGACUAAGAUCUUGAGGUCAAAGAAAUUAAGAGAGAUAGGAGGAUGUAAAAUUGAGGUUUCAUUUGUAAUGCCAAAACAACUUGCAUCUCCUUAUUGGAUUUCUGAGCCUAUAUAUAGGAACAUUUCGAAAGAUCUUGUUGUACAGGAGUUCUAUUUCGAUAUCAUAUAUUCACAUUCUAGCAAUUUUCGUGUAACUAUUAGAUAUGAUUCUGUGAGAGUUACGACUUUCGAGUUUAAUGUUAAUGGAUAGCAAGGUGUAUCAUUAGCAUACCUUUUCUUUUUAAUACAAAUUAAGGGUUACUGUUUCUUUAUAGACAUUACCUUCGCCCU